UAAAUGUAACGCGCUGUCGCAGGUGUUGGUGGAUGUUGUAAUCGCGUAGUUACCUUCACUGUCUGUAAACAAAUAAACAGAAAAGACGAAACGUUUAAGCGUCGUUGAAGGUAACGACGUCAAGCUACUAGCUACACGGCUAACGCUACUAGCGCUACUAGCAUCUUAGCUAGGUUUGCUAACACAGUUCGAGCCCACCACGGUGGACGCGUCUUCAUAAAGGUGAAUGGACUAAACAUAAUAAAUGAUGGAGAGGGAACCGCAUAACUGCGUAGUCUUCAACGCUUCUAAAAGAGAAGUGUUCACGGCCAACAAUGGAUACAAGUCAAUGCAGAAGAGACUACGAGCCCAGUGGAAAAUCCAGAGCAUGAAAGAUGAGCUGUCUAUGGAGAGGCUACAUGGCGUCAAGUUGUGGAUCUCUGCAGGUCCGAGAGAGAAGUUCACAGCAUCAGAGCUGGAGGUGCUGAAGCACUACCUGGAUGGAGGAGGAAACGUCCUGGUCAUGCUCGGUGAAGGAGGAGAAAUCAAAUAUGACACUAACAUCAACUUUCUCCUGGAGGAGUUUGGAAUACUGGUCAACAAUGAUGCUGUUGUGAGGAAUGUGUAUUACAAAUACUUCCACCCUAAGGAGGCGCUUGUGUCCAAUGGUGUAUUGAACAGAGAGAUCAGUCGGGCUGCUGGCAAAGUGGUCACAGGAAUCAUUGAAGAUGAAAAUGUUGGGAACAAUGCACAGGCUCUGACAUUUGUGUACCCGUACGGAGCCACACUGAGUGUGAUAAAGCCAGCCAUGCCAGUUCUUUCUACUGGUUCAGUCUGCUUUCCCCUCAACAGGCCUGUCUUGGCCUUCUAUCAAGGAAAGGAGGCUGGCAAACUGGUUGUGCUGGGUUCGUGCCACAUGUUCAGUGACCAAUACAUCGACAAAGAAGAGAACAGUAAAAUCAUGGAUGUCAUGCUCCAGUGGCUCAUGACUGAAAACAUCCAGCUGAAUCAGAUUGAUGCCGAAGAUCCAGAGAUCACAGAUUACACCAUGUUGCCAGACACAGGGUGCUUGUCAGAGCAGCUCAGAGUGUGUUUACAAGAGGGUGAUGAAAACCCUAGGGACUUCACCUCCCUCUUUGACAUGUCGUUGUUCAAUUUGUCAACUGACACCUUACCCCAAGUCAUCGGUGCCUACAAACAGCUUAAUGUGAAAGACGAGCCACUUCAGCUGAUCACACCACAGUUUGAGACUCCUCUGCCUCAGCUUCAACCUGCAGUCUUUCCACCGGCCUUAAGUGAUCUACCUCCACCCAUGUUGGACCUGUUUGAUCUGGAUGAAACGUUCUCUUCUGAGAAAGUGCGGCUAGCACAGCUCACCAAUAAAUGUACAGAUGACGAUCUGGAGUUCUAUGUGCGUAAAUGUGGGGAAAUUCUGGGUGUGACUCCAAAGUUGGAUAAAGAGCAGAGGGAUGCCAAGCACAUCUUGGAACACAUUUUCUUUCAGGUUGUAGAGUUCAAGAAACUCAAUCAGGAGCACGAUGUAGACACAGAGGCACGAUUCACGCCAGUGUGAGUGGAUUCAAGAAACAUCUUCAACCCUGCCUUUUUCAAUAUACAGGUGCAGCUCAAAAAAAAAAGGAAUAUGACGGUAAUAUAAGUCAAGGAGUGAAACUUUCAUAUAAAAAACAAAAACUUGAUAUAUUUUAGAAACACAUUUAUAAAGUUUCACCUAGAACUUUUUUAUAUUGAGAUGCACCUGUUCCAUGACCAAGCUGAUUCUUAAAGCGAUCAAGAAAAUUCACAGGAUCAUGGACUUGCACUUCAACAACAUGGUACUGUUGUGUUUACCGACUGUGUAUAAAGUUAGUCAUCUUUAUAUCCCUUUUGUAUGCAAAAAUCAUUGUUAAAAUAAACUAAAGCAAAUAAAGUUGUCAA